AAGUGACCCAGACCCCUCUUCCCUCAGGUGAGAACAAGGAGACAGACAGAUGUUGCUGGAAACACCAGCACUGUCAUGGGCAUACCAUCCGCCCCUUCUUGGACUGUGGCCAUCACAACCGAUGCAUGCAUGCUGUCAGCCACUGCGACUGUGAAUCUAGGUGUAGAAGCCAUAGGCCCGUCUCGGUGGCAGUAAUUCACCAUCCCACCCACUAUACAUAUAUGACAGAUGACCUAAAUGAUGAGGAUGAGGAUUCUGAAGAGAACCAGCUUCCCAUCAAAAAACAUUUAAGUCCCAGACUCACUGACCCAAGCACAGAGUCAGCCACUGGGGAUCCUGACUUAUCAGUGCCCAUCACCAUCUGGCGUUCUGAAAGCCCCAUGGACAAGCGUCAGGAAGACAAGGUCAUCAAAAAUAUAAAGAAGAAAAAGGAGAAAGAGAAAGACAAGGAGGAGAUGGUGGAUGAAAAGGCAAACUUGAAAAAUGCCAAGGGCAAGUUAACUAAGAAAAAAAGCCCAGUGAAGUCAGAGUCUUCCCCUGCAGACUUGAACCAAUCAGUAAGACCAGUGAGGACAUCAGAGUCCAGCCCAGAAAGCCGGGAAGGGCUGGAGAGUGAGGAGAGUUAUGGGCGGGGUAAAGAAAGGCCCUUCAGUGAAAAUACUGUAGAGUCAUCAUUGCCCAGAAAGAAAGAAAAGUCCUCUGCCAAAAAGAAUGGGACAAAGAACGUGCACACCCGGAAAACAAGCAAGAGAAAAUCUCCCCCAGUACCCAACCCCAAUCUCAGUUGAGGCUAGGGCAUCCAGAGUGAAUAAAUCAAGCCUGUAACUGACCCCUA